AGCUUCUCUCUGGCUUUAUCUUUGCUUCCCGUUCUGCCACUCUUCUCACCACCUGUCACCUGGACCUGUUGGCGAGGGCGCGGCAUACCGUAAACCCACUGUCCUUGAACACUCGCAUUCUGGUCGACCCACUGCUGAACCGCGCAGACCUACAACAGCGCUACGAGGUUAAAACUGUGGUCGCUGUGAGAGACCUCUUGCCAGCAUGAAAAAGGCUUACAGUCUAGUGAACCUAACCAAAGCCAAGGACCAGGAGGCAGUGCAGUCCAUCUGCAUCAAGCAAAUACAGCUUGGUGAACAGAAGCAGGAGUUCAACAAGCGCCCCGCCAAGACCAGUCGCCACUCCUUGUCUCGCUCGGUCUCCCAGUCCUCCACCGACAGCUCAGUUUACAGCGACAGCUCCGAGGACGAGUCCUCUCCCAGAGACAGACUGCAGAAAAACUCCAGGGGCCAGUCGGACUUCUGCGUCAGAAACAUCAGGCGGGCCGAGUGCGGCCGCAGGGAGAUAGAGCUCGCCCAGCAAGAAAUGCCAGCGCUGAUGGUGCUGAGGAAGAGAGCAGAGGGGGAGAGGCCACUGGCUGGAGCCAAAGUAGUGGGCUGCACACACAUCACGGCCCAGAUAGCGGUGUUGAUUGAGACGUUGUCUGUCCUGGGAGCCCAGUGCCGCUGGGCUGCGUGUAACAUCUACUCCACCCAGAACGCUGUGGCCGCUGCCCUGGCAGAGCGAGGGAUCUCUGUGUUUGCGUGGAAGGGCGAGUCGGAGGACGACUUCUGGUGGUGUGUUGACCGCAGUGUCAGUCUGGAGGCCUGGCAGCCCAACAUGAUUCUGGACGAUGGAGGAGACCUCACCCACUGGAUUUAUAAGAAGUACCCCAGUCUUUUCAAGAAGGUCAAAGGCAUCGUGGAGGAGAGCGUUACAGGAGUCCAUAGAUUGUAUCAGCUGUCAAAGGCGGGUAGGCUGUGCGUUCCAGCAAUAAACGUCAAUGACUCGGUGACCAAACAGAAGUUUGACAACCUGUACUGCUGCAGGGAGUCCAUCCUGGAUGGGUUGAAGAGAACCACGGAUGUGAUGUUUGGUGGAAAACAGGUGGUGGUGUGUGGUUAUGGCGAGGUCGGAAAGGGGUGUUGUGCUGCUCUGAAGGCCUUAGGUGCGAUUGUGUACAUUACAGAGGUGGAUCCCAUCUGUGCCCUUCAGGCCUGCAUGGACGGCUUCAGGCUAGUCAAACUGAGUGAGGUUGUCCGACACGUGGACAUGGUCAUCACCUGCACAGGUAAUAAGAACGUGGUGGGGAGGGAGCACCUGGACAGAAUGAAGAACGGCUGCAUUGUCUGCAACAUGGGACAUUCCAACACUGAGAUAGACGUGGGGAGUCUGCGGACCCCAGAGCUCACCUGGGAGCGUGUAAGGUCUCAGGUGGACCAUGUCAUCUGGCCUGAUGGCAAGAGAAUCGCUCUCCUAGCUGAGGGUCGUCUGCUAAAUCUGAGCUGUUCCACGAUGCCCACAUUUGUGCUCUCCAUCACUGCCACCACUCAGGCGCUGGCUCUAAUAGAGCUCUACAACGCCCCGGAGGGACGCUACAAACAGGAUGUUUAUCUGCUGCCAAAGAAGAUGGAUGAAUACGUGGCCAGCCUCCACCUACCAACAUUUGACGCACACCUCACAGAGCUGUCUGAUGAACAGGCCAAAUACCUGGGCCUCAACAAGUAUGGGCCCUUUAAACCCAACUACUACAGGUAUUGACUGAAAGACUGACAGGCCAAAGACGGGUUCUUUCAUGGACCUCUGACGGGAGCAGACGCCUCGUGACGCCUUUCCAAACAGCGCCCUCUGCAGGUCGAAGCAUAGUGAGCCCGCAUGACAGCGGAAUUAAAGUUUUGUUUCUCUCUCUCGCUCUUUUUUUUUUAAAUUUAAAUUUACUUUCGUCUGCCGGAGUCCUGGCGGUGGCUGCACGCCACAGCAGCAAGCGGAAGUCCGGAUAACGCCAUUACUCACGUGCACGCUGACGUCCAGAUUGCUAACAGCUUGCGCGUGUCACCGAUCUCUCGACCGUACGUAACGACUUGACCGUGAGAGGUCAUCCGUUACGUCGAAGAACAGCCACGUGGAUCAUUAGUAAUAUUAGGCAUUUCAAGCUGAACAAACGUCUCUAUUUUGAAAUAAAAGUUACGCAGA